AUGCACUGCACCGCCGGGACGGGACCAACCAGAAGACCUUCUAAGCGGGUUCUGGCAAGCGGACGCGCAAGCCUCCUCAACCGCCCGGCGCGAAAUGUGGUUGGAAAACCAGGCACCAAGAUUGCAGGCAAGUUAACGAGGCGAGACACAUUGCCGGCUCUGCCGACCGCCGAACAUCCGUAUGGAGCCACCAGCCGGGGAAGCUUGAAUCUAACGAGUGAAGAGAUAGAUUAUGACUGGUAG